AUGUCGACUUCUUCCCAGGGACUCGAUCUCAAACGCUCGGCAUCUCAAUUGGACGCUAGUAGUGAACCUGUUAAAAGAUUGAGGUUUGACGAGACGCUAAGUUCUAACCCCAGCACGCCUAUUGACAAUGAUUUGCAAAAGACUAUAAAUAUACUACAGAAUGUACCUGGUGCCAAUGUCUUGGGCAGUUUGGACACAAACAUUUCCUCAAACGAUAUGAGCGAUACUCCUUCUUUAAAUGCGGUAAAUGGCGGCGGUGAUAAUAGCAGCAGCAACAACAACAACAACAACAACAACAAGUUGUCGUUUGAGGCCAAGUCAGGUCCAUUGCUGGACAUUUCAAUGUCGACUUUGAAAUAUGACCAACAAGACUCGUCAAAGCUUAAUGAUGCCAUUGCAGCUGCUGGUGUUGAUAUCCAGAAAGAAGAAGAGCUUUUGUUACAAAAACAAAUCAAUAGAAGAGCUGACGGAAUGAUUGAGGGAUUAGAGAUGUCUGUAAAGUCCACUGCGUCAACACCGUUUUUGAAUCCCUAUCAUCUUUCUUCGUUUCUCGGCAAGGUUUCUCGCACUCACCAAAUUAAUCAGAAUUUUUUAGAAAAUGGAGACAUACUCAACUUGAUAUCAAAUGCUUGUGAAGAAUGGAUAUCUCACCUUGCGAGUAAGGCACUCAUACUAUCCAGACACCGAAGAAGAGGAAUACUAUUUCCUUCAAAGAAGGGCCAGUCUCUGUCUUCAGUACAGAGGUCCGCUGUAUCUAAGGAGUUGCGGAAUAUUGCUCUAAGGCAGAAGGAGAUGGAAGAAAAGAGGGUGCAGAAGAGGAUUAUGCUAGGGUUGGAGAAAAGUGCUAGCGAACUGGUUGGAGGUGAAAAUGGUGAUGGUAAAGCAGGUUCAGAGGAAACACUACAUCGGGCUGCUAAUGCUACAGCAGCAAUGAUGUCGACAGGUAAGAAGAAGUAUAGCUGGAUGAAUUCCAGCAGCAAUGGCGGUGGCGCUUUAGGUGGCGGCAUCGAUUCGGGAACAAGAGGGAGCUUUGACUCUAAGAGUAAACAAAGUCCAAUCAUAUCUGUGAGAGGUGAUAAUGGUUUGCGAUUUAGAGAAAUACGUUCAGCUAAUGCAAUAGUUUUAAGGGAUUUAAUAAGUGCUUUGGAAGGUGAGAAGAAAGGAACGCAACAAAUUGUAACAAAAGGGUACGCAAAAUUAAGAGACUAG